CAGAACAACACAAAUCUCUCAGACCGUGCUCACAACAACCACUUCGAUUGUCCUGAAACAUCAUUUCUUCUCAGUCUCUUUGGGGAAUUGUCUGUUUUUUGGAGUCAGCGAGAAGCCUUCAGAUUGUGCAACGGACAGUUUUUCAGUUUGGGGAAAGGAUGCUGGAUCCGUUGGAUGAGUUGAGGAGAAGCGGAGGCUUCAGACGAUGUGGUGGUCACUUGUCCUGGCAGGUGCGUUUGGUGCUGUACAGCGUGUGUGUUCUGACGCUGAUGAACUCGGCCGGUCUGGUACUGCUCCUGAUUCAGCACACAGAGAUGUGGACUCAUGUGACUGAGGUGGAGAGACAGAUGGUGGACAUCUCUCAGAGCUCUGUGGUGGAGUUUCUGACAACGGUGAACGAAGAUGAAGCCAAGUAUCAAUAUUCCAGGAACAAGCGCAGUCGGCAGCAUCGAGGGACGAGGCCCAUAACAGAAGACGAGGCCGGUCCGGACGAGGAACUCAUGAGAGAUGUUCAGUAUCAGCAUCACCGGGAACCUGAGCAGCUUGUCCAGCACAAAACAGAGGAGCAGGAUGGCAUGAUGAUGAUGAUGACCUACUCCAUGGUGCCAGUGAAAAUUCUUCUGGAUAUUUGCAACAGUUCUAAAGGAGUCUGUCUGACCGGACCACCAGGACCACAGGGACUGCCAGGUUUUCCGGGUGUGGACGGAACGCCGGGGAAUAACGGAACGGAUGGAAUUCCAGGGUUACCAGGAGAUCCUGGAGCACAUGGGAAACGGGGCAAAAGAGGUCCUCCGGGGGAGAAGGGUGACCCUGGAGAGAAAGGAGAUCCUGGACCCUCGGGACCUCCUGGAGUGAAGGGUGAAGAGUCAAAUGAUGUCCUCAAAGAGGGGCCACCGGGACCUCCAGGCAUUGCUGGACCACCCGGUCCUCCAGGUCCACCCGGACCCCAGGGACCACUGAGACACAGGAAUCACAGAUCACAUCCUCAUAUGGGGAAAGAGUCUAUGGGUCUCCUCAAUUCAGUUCCAAACGAUGACAUCAUCGGUCAGAAACUGCCAGCACGGAAGAUCAACGAUUGUGUGAUAAAGUCGGUGCUGAACCCCAGACAUCUAAUGAAAAUGAGCGACACGUUUGGAGCGUGGAUGAUGGACACAGCCGCUCAGGAUGACGAGAGAAUCUGGGUGGCAGAACAUUUCUCAGGUCGUAUCAUGAAGGAGUACAACAGCAUCGCAGCGUUCCAGAACAGCACCUUUCAAUCCAUUGACGUCAAGAAGGUUUUCCAAGGAUGUGGUCACGCUGUAUACAACGCCUCCAUAUUCUACCACAUCGCUGGGACAUCCAAUAUCGCAAAGUUUGACCUUCGCAGCAAGAUGUUACAAACGCUGAGCAUCGAGAACGCUCUCUACCACAACCGCUCGUACCUGCUUCAUAACUCCAAGACUUAUUUCAAACUGGCAGCGGAUGAGAACGGCCUGUGGAUCAUAUUUGCCUCAGACACGGACGACAGCAUCGUGGUGGCGCGACUACAUGAGAAAACAUUCUCCAUCAGCAGCUACAUCAACACCACCUACCCCAGGAGCAAAGCCGGAAACGCUUUCAUCGCCUGCGGGAUCCUCUACAUCACCGACACUAAAGACACGCGGGUGACCCACGCCUUUGACCUCCUGAAGGGGAAACCGCUCAGUGUGGCUUUAGACCUGAGAGCAUCUGAUGGACUUCUGUCCAUGAUCUCAUACAACCCCCGAGAUAAACACCUGUACAUAUGGGAAAGCAGAUACGUCAAAUCCUACCAGGUUCAGUUUCUCUCUGAUGAAUAACCCAAUCCGUCCAUCACGUCAUCUUUCUGUCGUGUCAUGUUAUGACAAAUAAUCAUGCAUGCUUCAGUUGCUUCCAUGCGCUUAACCAAUCCUCCUUCCUUUCUCCGGUGGAUCGAGUGUUUUAAACUGGCCGUACAGUAUACAGUGAUGACAAAAUAUAUAUUUAAACGAAGGAACGUCAGUUUCAGGGAGGCUACCGACAGCAUGCCAGACCACAUUAUUCUGCCAUUGCUUGUAGGAUGAGAAGAGAGCAACAUGGCUUACCCGGCCUUCAAAUGUCUACAUGUCAAUUCAUUACAUUAAAAUGAUGAUGCUCAAGGUUCUUUUUAUUUUGAAUACUGUCUAUUGUUUGAUCAUUUGAAACCCAAACAUUUUGUCCUUGUUCUGUCUUUAUAUAAAAAUGUUAUCUAAUGCAAUAGCAAUCAUGCAUUUCCAAACACUUUUUUUAUGGCCACUGUAUUUAUUUAUUGAUACCAUUAACAGUUUGAAGUAAACAUUCCUCUUAUCAAUAUAGUGCGUUGUGUCUCUCAACAAUGAAUCUGUGUCAAUUGAACUUUUUGUGAUUUUAUUUACAAUACCCAAACUCCAGUUUGAUGUUGUUAAAAGUUCUUAAAGUCAGCAGCGCUCACAACACACUGAAUGUUUGGAAACACGUGAGACAGGACUUCAUCUGUUGGGAAUGGAUGGUGAAGAGUGGCCAUACCGUAGCAUGUAUGGGAUUGUGAAGGACUUUUAUUUUUGGAUUAGAUUAGGAAGACUUUAGAGCACACUAGAAAACACUGCCUCGAGAACCACUUCACAUUAACUCAUGCCUGACAUCGGGCCAAAAGAAACGUGUUUUUUACAUUACGAUAAAAGAAUGCUAACACGGACUGAUGAACUGAACUGUGGGCAGUAAGAAUGUGAAUGGGCUCAAGUGUUGUCAGUCAAAAUAUAUUCAUCAAAUACUGUUGCUCACUUUUAUGAGAUAUUAUUGAUUAGAAUGAUCUUGCUUGUGGUUACACCUUUUCUGUGUUUUUCUCCUGUAAAGCUGCUUUGGAACAAUGCAUGUGGUGAAAAAGGGCUCCGUAAAUAAAUACAAUUGAAAAUGCUUGAUAU